AUGGGAGAGCAUCGUCGCGUAUCUGUUCAUCUUGCUUUAGGCGGUGGUUCAGUUGCUGAUGUGUUAUUGUGGAGAAAAUGGCAUUGUAGCGUCACUUUCCUUGUGGGUUCAACUGCCCUUUGGAUCCUAUUCGAAAUCGCUGGAUACAAUUGGCUAUCCUUCAUUGCCAACGUUUUAUUGUUGCUGGUCGCAAUACUGUUUUUCUGGGCUAAAUCUGCUUCGCUUCUCAAGAGACCUCUGCCACCCAUUCCUAAUCUUGAAGUUUCUGACGAGACUGUCAUAAAAGCUGCUGAUGAGAUGCGAGUUUGGAUAAACUAUGGAUUAUCAAUUGCUCAUGAUAUUGCAAUAGGUGGAAAUUUGAAGCUCUUUUUUCAGGUUGCUAUUGGCUUGUGGAUCGUUUCUUACAUGGGAAGUUUCUUCAACUUUCUUACACUGCUUUAUGUUGGUAUUCUCCUGAGUUUGUCACUACCUUUGUUGUACGAAAAGUACCAAAGUCCAAUUGAUGAAAAGCUCAGUGUCGUCUAUGAUAUAGCUAAGGCGCAAUACCACAAAAUUGAUGAUAAGAUACUGCAAAAGAUUCCAUUGCCCUCAAACAAGGAGAAGAAGACCAAGUAG